UCUUUCUUCCUCCUCGCUCUGCGCACCAUUCAAUCAAUCCUCCCGAGCAAGCAAGCAAAGCUUCUUCCAUAUUUCUUCUUCAGACCGAUUCGUGCUCUCGAAUCCCCCAGUCUUCGUCCCUCGUCUCUAAGCGAGCUAUGACCAUGAAUUUUUCGUUGAUUUCAUAUCCAAGUGACAAUGUUCUGAGAUUCUCGGUCGCAAGCCGGUUGUUCUCUCGUGAAUUGGUUAGGUUUGAUGAGAACUGGAAGAAAAAAUACACCAGUUUACCUUGUCGUCCUACGAGUAAGGUUUUUUCGUCAAGACAUGUUGUGCCAAGGCACUUGGAAGAUUUGUCGAUUGCUAAGAGUAAGAAGAGUCUACCAAGAAGAGAGCCUGUAGAAAAGCUUGGCUUUGUGAGGACUUUGUUAAUUGAUAAUUAUGAUAGUUAUACAUUCAAUAUAUAUCAGGCACUGACUACUAUUAAUGGAGUGCCUCCUGUAGUUAUUCGAAAUGAUGAGUGGACGUGGGAAGAAGCUUACCGUUACUUAUAUGAAGAUGUUGCUUUCGAUAAUAUUGUAAUAUCGCCUGGACCUGGUUCGCCGAUGUGCCCAGCUGAUAUAGGAAUAUGUCUUCGUCUUUUGCUUGAAUGUCGUGAUAUUCCAAUUCUAGGUGUCUGCCUUGGCCACCAGGCACUGGGUUAUGUUCAUGGAGCUCAAGUGGUGCAUGCCCCAGAACCAGUCCAUGGACGGUUGAGUGGGAUUGAACAUGAUGGGAACAUAUUGUUUUCUGAUAUUCCAUCCGGGAGAGCCUCUGAUUUCAAGGUUGUUAGAUACCAUUCGCUGAUCAUAGAUAGGGAAUCACUGCCAAAGGAACUUGUACCAAUUGCGUGGACGAUUUAUAAUGACACUGGUUCUUUCUCCGAGAAGAAGUUUUGUGUUCCUGGGAAUAACACUGGGAGCCGAGUAGGGGACGGAUCUGUCAAUUCUAAUUCAGAGAAGUUGGAAAGUCAAAGUCAUCGGACUUCGUCCCAAGCUGCUGGAAAACAAAAUAGAUACAUUCUCAUGGGCAUCAUGCACUCUACAUUUCCCCAUUAUGGUUUACAGUUUCAUCCAGAGAGUAUUGCUACCACCUAUGGAAGUCAAAUAUUCAAGAAUUUCAAAGACAUAACUGUGGAUUAUUGGAGUCGCUGCGAGUCUCCAUCCUUGGUUCGAAGAAGCAUAAAUGAUACGGCAAACAUGCAGGUGCCUGGUGCCAGUCAAUUGCUGAAAGAACUUUCCAGAACUAGAAGUACAGUAAAUGGUUCUAGCUAUAAUGGGAGCCUUAAGAAGUCGCUGUUUACUGCCAAGGCAAAUGGUGUAGACGUCUUCGAUCUGGUGGAUUUAUCAUACCCAAAACCUCAUGCAAAAUUCCUGAGGUUAAAAUGGAAGAAGCUUGAACGUUUUGCACAUAAAGUUGGUGGAGCAAGAAAUAUGUUCGUGGAACUCUUUGGCAAGACUCAAGGGAAGGAUGCUUUUUGGCUGGAUACUUCUUCUAGUGACAAGGCUAGAGGGCGAUUUUCUUUCAUGGGCGGUAAAGGUGGAUCCCUCUGGAAGCAGUUGACAUUUAGUUUAUCUGAUCAAAGCGAGAGUAAAUCUAAACAUGCUGGACACCUUCUGAUUGAAGAUGCUCACGGUUCUACUGAGAAACGAUUCUUGGAAGAAGGCUUUCUUGAUUUUCUUCGUAAGGAGCUUUCAUCUAUCUCCUAUGAUGAGAAGGACUUCGAAGGGUUACCUUUUGAUUUUUGCGGUGGAUACGUAGGUUGUAUUGGGUAUGAUAUUAAAGUCGAAUGUGGAAUGCCAAAUAAUCGUCACAAAUCCAAGGCUCCAGAUGCAUGUUUUUUCUUCGCAGAUAAUGUUGUCGCCAUUGAUCAUCAACUUGAUGAUGUUUAUGUAUUAUCUCUUCACGAAGAGGGCAAUGCAGAAACCUCUUUCCUGAAUGAUACUGAAGAGAAGCUCAUUACCCUCAAGGUUUCGUCCACAAGAAAGUGGAAGGAUCAAACUGUUCCUGCUAGGGAUUCAUCUCAAUGCGAAUCAAGUUUUGUCCCUGACAAACCCCGAGAGCAGUAUAUCAACGAUGUUCAGAGCUGUCUAAAGUAUAUCAAAGACGGGGAGAGCUACGAGCUUUGUCUAACUACUCAGAACAGAUGUAGAAUAGGGAAUACUGAUCCUUUGGGACUUUAUCUCCACCUGAGAGAGAAGAAUCCAGCACCAUAUGCAGCUUUUCUCAACUUUUCAAAUGCAAAUUUGUCCUUAUGCUGUUCAUCCCCUGAAAGGUUUCUUCAGUUGGACAGAAAUGGAAUGCUAGAAGCAAAACCGAUUAAAGGUACUAUAGCUCGUGGCUCCACACCCGAAGAAGAUGAACUUCUUAAACUGCAAUUGAAACUCAGUGAGAAGAAUCAAGCCGAGAAUCUAAUGAUUGUUGACCUUCUGAGAAAUGAUCUGGGCCGUGUAUGUGAGCCUGGUUCAGUCCAUGUACCUAACCUCAUGGACGUGGAAUCAUACACAACAGUACACACAAUGGUGAGCACGAUCCGUGGACUGAAAAAACCAGACAUUAGUCCGGUGGAAUGUGUAAGAGCAGCAUUCCCUGGCGGUUCAAUGACAGGUGCUCCUAAACUAAGAUCCGUUGAGAUUCUUGAUUCUCUAGAGAACUGUUCGAGAGGCCUUUACUCUGGCUCAAUCGGUUAUUUCUCGUAUAAUGGCACGUUUGAUCUGAAUAUCGUGAUAAGAACAGUGGUGAUACAUGAAGAUGAAGCUUCCAUUGGAGCAGGAGGAGCAAUCGUUGCGUUAUCAAACCCUGAAGAGGAGUUUGAGGAAAUGAUUCUUAAGACUAGAGCUCCUGCUAAUGCCGUCAUGGAGUUUUGUAAUGGUUCUGUGAUAGACAAUGAUCAGAGGAGACACUAGUAGUGUCGGACUUGGACUCUGGAUUCGUUAACCCGAUGGAUGGUAAAGCCAAAGGGCUUUUCUCAUCCAUCGGAUUUAGUCGGGUUUUGUUGUGUUGUGUGGCUUAAGACAGUUAUCAUUUUUGUUAUUUUUUAAAUUAUAUUACUCUAAAAUCUCUAUAGAAAAAAAAUAUAGAUAAACAGAUAUAUUAUAGUUGUAAGAGAAAAUUUCUCAAAAAUAGUUAUGUCAUUGAUGUGAUCUCAAAUAAAGUU